CACACCAUAGUCACUGCCCUCCCGUUCGCUGAAAUGAAACCCUAAUUCCAACCUGUGUGCGGGUGCGCCAUGGUCUCGCCGCAGCAGCCGGCGGCGGCGAAGAAACCCACACCACUCCCCCCGACGACCAUAAGCGCCCUCGACCUAGACACCCUGCGCGAGUUCUUCCUCUGCCUCCCCUCUCUCCCGAGCCUCGUCCGCGCCGCCCUCAGCUGCCACACCUUCCUGGACGCCGUCCGUUCGUCGCCCGCUUUCCGCCGCCGGUUCCGUGCGCUCCACCCACCCCCGCUCCUAGGCCACUUCCUCACCACCCAAGACACCACCAUCCGUACUUUCGUGCCUCUCCGCAGCCGCUCCGACCCGGACAUCGCGGCGGCGGUACGCGGCGGCGAUUUCUUCCUCACCCGCCUCCCGGUCCCCGAAGACGACGGCGCCGUGUCCAUUCCUGCACCCGUCUCCGCCCCCGAAGACAGCGAGGGUGGCGUGUCCGUUCCUGUCCCCGCUCCCGCACCCGAAGACGACGACAUGGAUGCCAUCUUCGGCUUCGCAGACGACGACGAGGAUCCCGUCCCCGAGGAUCCUGUCCCCGAGUGGUCGAUCGAUGACUGCCGUGACGGAUUCGUUGUUCUCGACAACUGGAGCACUCAGCAGAUCGCCGUCUACAACCCGCUCGCGCGGACACUGGAUCUCUUCCCCCUGCCUCCCCGCCAGGAGCACUCCAAGGACUGCGAGCGCCAGUAUUCUGAUUACUACAUCCUCGCCGAAAAAGAAGAAGACUCCUUGCCGUACCGCGUCGUGUGCGUCUGGCACAGCGAACAUGGGGCGCGCGCCAUGGUCUUAUCAUCGGACACCAGCAACUGGCAGAUUUUCCCAUGGGCGGACAUCGACGGGUUCUGGCCUGGCAAUGGUAAGAUGGUUAAUGGCUGCAUCUAUUGGACCAAUGGGAUGACGGAUGCGCGCGUGCUUAACACUGCUACAAUGCAAUUCUCUCGGAUGGAUAAGCCGCCGCGCAUGAGAGGGCAUGAGGUAUUGACGGCUGGUGAGACCAAGGAUGGAAGACUCUGUGUGGUCUGCGCACCUUUGGGGCCACUGACAUUUGAAUCCGUGCUUGCCGUUUGGAUCCGGAGAGCCGAUGAUGAUGGCGUCGAGAGGUGGAUGUUGGACAAGUCACUCCCGUUGCAGGAGAUAGCUGGAAUCGUUCGAUGUGGAUUCAGGCAGGAUAAUGUUCAAUUUCAAGUGAGUGUUAGGGCGAUUAUUGGUGGCUUUGUGUACUUCUCUGCUUAUUGUGGGGUGUUGCCCCAUGAUCAUUCGGAUCUCUGGCUCCUAUCCUUCUGCGUGGAAACGGCGGCGCUGAACAAGCUUGGUCGCAUCUUUCGUGGUGUUUCCUAUCCCUACAUCAUGGCGUGGCCUCGUUCUUUGGUUGGUACACAACAAGGUGACUAAGCCGGUAAGCCCUCGGAUCAAGGGGCGAAGAUGGUGAAUUGUGAAGUGCGUCCUCGCCGUAGUGGGGGCUCUGGUUCGUUCAUGGAAGGUGAUAUGCGUCGGUACUCAAGCAAUGUUACUCCUCAAGUGUCUUCAGCUACUUGACUGUCUCCUUAGGAUAGCUUGGUAUUGAUUAGGUUCUUUGUAUCGUUCAGAACACUAUUGCGGCUAAGUGAUUGCUUGUAAUAAAUUUUUGCUGCAGCUAAUUUCUGGUUGUGUUUGAGAGCUGCUUAACAUUUUAUGUGGUUGGACUGUUGUGCCUUGGCUUUUUCAAUAAAAAGUUUGGACGGGGGGAAACCUCUUUGAUUU